AUGAAGUUAUCCAGUUUGAGUCAAGUUCAAUUGGAAGGGUGCUUGGAUACAGUAAGCAAGAACCCUAACGACUUGACCUUGUUGCUCAAUGUACAAACAUGUUUCCAUCAAUCGGAUCUUUUGGAUCGAGCAAUUGAAUUUAAUCAAACCAGUUCUGGGAAUUCUUGGUUUGUUAUCACUGGAGUGAUCGUCAGUAUAUUCAUUCAAUUAUUCAUCAGUAUUCAUUCUUUUAUUACGUUCAUCUUUAAGGAUAAGCACAAUAGCAUGGUUUCCAAAGAAGUCAACUAUUUAAAGGAGAGUUUCGCCUUUAUCAAUAAUAAAUUUAACCAAUUACUGGAGGAUUUGAAAAACCUCAUCAUUACUGAAAACUCCGAUAUGAAAAACUUACAAGGCAGACUAAACAAAAACGGAGAUAUAAGAAGAGAAAUCGAUAACUUAUUUUGUAAAGUGAACGAUUUGGUCGACGAAUCAAACCAAAUGAAGAAUUUCAUAUACUCGAACUUGAAUGAAAAAUCAACUACAAUUGCAAUACUACCCCCAAAAGAACUGCCAAAACCUUCCCCCAAACCAAAAGAACCCUCCUUUGACAUCUCCACGGCCCAGGGAAGAGCAAAAUGGAAAGAGUACAUCAACAAAUCAAUGCAAAGCAAAUCAAUGCAAGACAAACCAGGGCAAAAACCAAUGCAAAAACCAAUGCAAAAACCAAUACAAAAACCAAUACAAAAACCAUUGCAAAAUAACAAAAUUCUCACCAGUAUUGAUGCAAAAAAUCACGAAAACGAAAAUCACCCUCUAAGAUACUGUGACGUUGCCAAAUACGGCGACAACAAGAAGUUCAAAAGAGUGUUCAUCCCAGCAAGAGGAUGGGUCUCAAUGAAACAAUUCGAACUCGAAGAGUCAAUCCAUGGCUCCUCCAGCAUGGUCAGUCCCUGCUAG